AUGGGAGCAACAAAAAAGGAGCAACAGGAGCGUCCUACGAGUAUUGAGUGCAGCAAAAGCAAGUCCACCAGGGCAGCCGCAGCAGCUAUCCAAACCACGCUAGCCCUUCCCUUUGCUCUGUCUGGGUGUGUUGAACUUAGCAAAAUCGACCCAUCCGCCGCCGCUGCUGCAAACAACAGCAACACUCCUCUAUCCAUGACUACUCCAUGUGUUUGGGUACAGCUCUGUUGGGAGGAUAAGGACAAGGAAACGGAGGAGCCAGCGGGCGACGACCUCAUAAAAAUUAGACCAGUACCUGAUGAUGUUGCCGACUUGAAAGCGGCAGUGCUGGCGAGACUUGACUCUGCGUUGCUGGGUGAAGUCAAGGUGUACCCACCUAAAUCCUGUGCUAGCCGGGAGAAAUACCAAGCAGGCAAGGAGUUGUCAGCGGUGAUGGCCGAAUUGAGCGGUACAACUCCCCCAACAUCCUCUGAUUAUCCCUUGGUUGUGGUGGCACCCACUCAGACGGUAAAGAAAGCAAGAAUGUGCUUCUCGUUCGAUGAGUCUCUUCCAAAGCCGUGCGACGUUGUACCACUCAAGUCGACAAAGCCCGAGUUCGUGGCUCCGGACGGUUGGCUAGACGGUGUCGGAAUUGAGAUUGUCGCUCAAAUGCAGCGGUCGGACGAUCACGUAGGUUCAAAUACUGAAGAAUACUCCGAUGAAACAGAUCAUGAUGGUGACCAAACCCUAGAACGGGAAGCCCUGCUGCGGCGGAUUGCCUUUAUGGCCUCACACAACGACGGAAGAAAGAGAAACACUGGUACAUUCGAUGAUUUCUCCAACAAGAAGGAACACAUAGAUCAGGAAGAUUUUCUGCAAUGGUUGGGAGACGAAGAUUCAACGCCUUGUGUUCUGAUUGUCGACAAAUUAAACAACCUCAACCAGCUAUAG